AUGGCUUCAAUUAGUUUAUCAGGUCUACUACCUUCAGUGUUUACAGGGGAGAACUACGAUUUUUCGGCUGCAAAGAUGAAGGCUUACUUGAAAGCAUAUGAUCUAUGGGAGAUCACAAAAUCAGGUAUUGAACCACCUCCUCUAAGUGAAAAUCCUACUAUUGCUCAAUUGAAGCAACAUAGUGAGGAGGUUGCAAAAAAGAUUAUAACUUAUGAGACAGCAAAGGAAGCUUGGGACAGAUUGCAAGAAGAGUAUAGAGGCAAUGCAAGAACAAGGCAAAUGCAAGUUUUAAAUUUAAGAAGGGAGUAUGAAACCUUGAAGAUGAAAGACUCAGAAUCGGUCAAAGAAUAUUCUGAUAGACUGAUGAGAGUGGUGAAUCAAAUAAGGUUGUUAGGAGAUGACUUACCUAACAAGAGAGUUGUGGAGAAGGUAGAAGGUGCCUUGUUUGUUAAAGGAAAACACAAAGUGCAAACAAGCUAUGGUGUGAAGAAGCAUCAGCAAGAGAAGAAGAGAGUUGAAGGCAGCAAAGCUGCUGAUAAAAGUGAUGCCUAUCCACCUUGUCCUCAUUGCAAAAAAAUCGGCCAUUCUCCAAAAUGGUGUUGGUACAUGCCAGGAGUUCAGUGCAAGGGUUGUAAACAAUUUGGACAUGUUCAAAAGGUGUGCAAAAAUAUCAAGGAAAAGCAAUCCAAGCAACUGGCACAGGUUGCUGAAAAUCAGCAACAAGAUCAGCAAGAAGAACACUUAUUCACAGCUACAAAUCACAAGAUGUGUAGUGAUGUUGGAACAUGGUUGUUGGAUAGUGGUUACAUACAUCAUAUGACUUCAGAUUCCAGCAUCUUUGUCAAACUUGAAAGCAAUUAUAAAUCAAAAGUGAAGGUGGGAAAUGGUGAGUAUGUCAAAGUGGAUGGGAUUGGUGUGAUUUUUGUGUAG